CAUCGCGGCUCCGGCUUUAAUUGUCUCGCACCUUCAGCCCUUUGCCAGCCAAGUUUGCCCGCAGCACGAGGAUGCGGUAGCCGGCCCCCCGCGCACCGUCGUUCCUCCUCCGCGGCGCUCGCUGCUCGUUCACGGCUGGUCACUAGGCGGGUGCUACAACUUUGGGAUUGCCUCGUUUUUCUCCGAGGGUGCUCUUGGAUUUGCCUCGGCGCACGGAGGGAAGCAGCGGAGGACUCGACGCGGUGGAGAGAGGGCGAGCGGAGAGGAGAGGAGAGGAGAGAGAAAGGAGGGGGAGAGGGAAACAACAGGAGAAGCCUCCAUGUUUCAGCUGCCCAUCUUGAAUUUCAGCCCCCAGCAGGUCGCCGGGGUCUGCGAGACCCUGGAGGAGAGCGGGGACGUCGAGCGCCUCGGCCGCUUCCUGUGGUCGCUGCCCGUCGCGCCGGCGGCCUGCGAGGUCCUCAACAAGAACGAGUCGGUGCUGAGGGCCCGCGCCGUCGUCGCCUUCCACACCGGCAACUACCGUGAACUCUACCACAUCCUGGAGAACCACAAGUUCACCAAAGAGUCGCACACCAAGCUGCAGGCGCUGUGGCUCGAAGCGCACUACCAGGAGGCGGAGAAGCUGCGGGGACGCCCGCUUGGGCCGGUGGACAAAUACAGGGUGCGCAAGAAGUUCCCCUUACCCAGGACCAUCUGGGAUGGAGAGCAGAAGACCCACUGCUUCAAGGAGAGGACCCGGCACUUGUUACGAGAGUGGUACCUGCAGGACCCGUACCCGAACCCCAGCAAAAAGAGGGAGCUUGCUCAGGCCACAGGACUUACACCCACACAAGUAGGAAACUGGUUCAAAAACCGCAGACAAAGAGACAGAGCGGCGGCUGCGAAGAACAGGCUCCAGCAGCAGGGCCUGUCCGGCGGCUCGGUUCGCUCCCUGGCGGACGAGGACGGCACCGUGGACCGCCUGGGGAACUCGUCCAGUCCGGAGGCGAGUCUGUCCAGCAAGGCGGCGGCCUCGGCCAUCUCCAUCACCUCCAGCGACAGUGAAUGUGACAUCUGACACGGCCCCGGUGUCGAUGAAGUGAAGAGGGACUCGAGUGAAAGACAAUCUAAUAAAAACGAGUCAUAGUGCCUGCGUUGAGUUAAAACACAAAACACACACCCACACAUCACGCACACACACAGACACACUCACACACACUGAUACUGACUGAUGCCAAAACGUGAUGGGAUCUGACAGUGCGUCCUUAUCCGGUUCUGGGCCUGUACACCUUUGGUUGCGUUUCACCCACGUGUGGAUAAACUGAACUUAACACGGACCAGACAUAUUUUACGGACUAAUCGCUAAACCGACGCCCGGAGAAGAAACGUAAAAUAAGAAGAAAAAGGAAAUCAACAACAACAACAAAAAAAAGGGGGAUGAAGGCAUCCGAGCGCCUAACCUACUGUUCUCUGUGGGUAUUUCAUGUUGAAAAAAAAAAGAACUGUGAUAUUUUUACUUUACUUUCAAAGUUUUAUAAAUAAUGUUUAUUUGCCUAUUUAAAAAGAAACGAUCUGCUCUGUCUCUUCGGAUUUCAUAUUCAUUUGCUUGGUGUUUUUAAUACUUGUUGAGCAUGCGCGCUUUAGUGAAAAUGUGUUUCCG